AUGAAAGUCCAGACUGUCCUUCUCGGCCUUGGCCUCCUCUUUGGAUCCUGGUUCUUGAUCUUCUAUUGUCGUCACUGGGCGGAUGGGAAUCUGUUGACCACUCUGGGCGAAAUAGCGAUCGGUCGGGCGCACUGGCGAGACGAUUGGGAGGAGACUCAUCUCACCACUUUUUCAAGCCCCGAUUCGGAUGGAAAGGCAAAAGACAAUGUGAUUCAGCAUGGCUCAGUCUCCCGGCAAACCGCCGGUGGAAAAGUUCCAUCUCGGGCAACGGACGUCCCCCAGACUGGUGAUACGACAUCACCAAUCCCAGACGCCCCGAAGCUGCCCGCCGAGCCAGCAAACAACACUGAUGAAACCUCUCAACUCGUCUGCCAAACGCCCCCCGGAGCAAGGUAUGACCAUCUUCGCAGUAUACCCAGCAACAGAGGCCCCGCUCGUUUCCGCGCGAACAAGAUUCGCUACUUCUUCGCCCUGAACCUGCAGCAGUCGGCGAAGGUCAUGCCUCGUCUGAUGGAGAGUAUUGUGCAAGCAAUGAAAUACCUCGGACCGGAGCGGUGCGCCUUGUCUGUCGUUGAGGGACCGUCUGAGGAUGGCACGCACGAGAUUCUCGAAAAUUUCCAGACAGAAGUCGAAUUGAUGGGUUCCCACUUCUACCACAACACUAGUUCUUUGGACCCGAAAGCACCAAGUUCGGAGCGCGUCGAGAAGCUCGCAAAACUGCGCAACAUGGCAUUGGCUCCGCUGUGGAGUGGUCACGAUCGACAUAAGUUCGCAUCAGACUCGAUCGUCAUCUUCCUCGACGACAUUGCCCUCUGUCCCGAGGAUAUUCUCGAGUUGCUGCACCAGCACGUUACCCAGUCGGCUCACAUGGCUUGUGCCUUCGAUUGGAUCUUGGAAGGGAGCACCUUCAACAACGUCUGGGUGUCGCGGUCCAUGGUGGGAGACCUCUUCUUCGAAAUCCCUCACGACGGCUCGUGGGCCUACAAAGACGACCUGUUCUGGGAUGACCCGUCCAGCCGGAAAAGGUACGAGUCAAAGUUACCCUUGCAAGUCUAUUCAUGCUGGGGAGGGAUGGUCACGCUGAACGCACAACCGUUCGCCCGGGGCAAAUUGAAGUUCCGGAGCUCAGAAGACGGGGAAUGCUUCAUGGGCGAAGCUACGUUGCUGGCCAAAGACAUGUGGCGACAAGAGAUGGGGAAGAUCAUGGUCGUGCCCACCGUUAAUGUUGGAUAUUCCAACGAUGGAAGCAGCAAGGCAAAGGAGCGGAGAGGUUACGUUCACGACCACGUCGACAUGACAAGCACUGUCGACAGUCCAGGGGAGAAAAUCGAUUGGCAGAAGAAGCCUCCAGCGAUGGUUAAAUGCCUGCCGGAUUGGAACCGACCGUCCUGGGUAGAUCCGGUGUAG